AUGCGUGUUUUAUGCGUAGCUGAGAAACCAAGUGCUGCCAAAAAAAUAGCCGAAAUCUUGUCUCAAUCUGAUUAUCAAGUUAGACAAACACAAGAUCCUCAUGUCAAAAACUACUGUUUCACUUACAACUUGAAUAAUCGACCUACCAGUUUUGUAAUGACAUCCUUAAAGGGCCAUUUCUUAGAAAUGCACUUUCAAGGUGAAAUUGAUAAAAACUGGAACUUGUUUCCAAUCGAAGAUCUGUUUACGACACCCAUCAUUAAAGUGAUUCCAGAAAAGAUGUUACCGAUCGCAAAUAAUAUCAAAGCAGAAGUGAGAUCAGCCGAUGUCUUGUUCAUUUGGACUGAUUGUGAUCGAGAAGGAGAAGCUAUUGGUGGAGAUGUGAAGGAUCUAUGUCAAAGCGUGAAGCCAAAUAUUCAAAUCUGGCGUGCACAGUUCUCUGCGAUGCAACCAGCAGCCAUACAUCACGCAGCAAGAAAUCAUGUUGAAUUAGAUAUGAAACAAGUAUAUGCGGUCAAUACUAGACAAGAACUCGAUUUGAGAAUAGGUGCCGCAUUUACUCGAUUACAGACAAAGAACCUUCGCAACUUCUUUGAACAAGUUGGCAAAAAGAAGCUUCUCAGUUACGGUAGCUGUCAGUUUCCUACACUUGGAUUUGUUGUAGAUAGAUAUCAACAAGUUCAAAACUUUAUACCACAGGAAUUUUGGAAAAUUACCAUGACUUACAGUCAGCCAAACAUUCAACCAGGAGAAGAGCGCUUGGUGACUGAGUUUACUUGGAGAAGAGAGCAUCUGUUUGAUCAGUGGGCAUGCUUUAUCUUGUAUGAAAAGUGCGUAGAGAAGAAAGUGGCGGUUGUCUCCAAAGUGAAAUCAAAACAGACUUCAAAAUGGAAACCUUUACCAUUGACAACAGUCGAGUUACAGAAAGUGGGUUGUCGAGCGCUUCAUAUGUCGGGUGCAAGAAUUAUGCAAGUAGCAGAAGAACUGUACACGGCCGGUUUGAUUAGUUAUCCUAGAACAGAAACAGAUCAAUUUGAUGCUAAUUUUGACUUUAUGUCCUUGAUCAACCAGCAAACAAGAGACCCACGAUGGGGAAGAUAUGCUGCCAUUUUAAGGGAUGGUGAAUUUGAAAAACCUCGAAAUGGUAAGAACAAUGACAAGGCGCAUCCACCUAUUCAUCCUACUGCAUAUGAUGGAACCUUAUCUGGAGAAAAACUCAAGGUGUAUGAAUUCAUCGCUCGUAGAUUCUUGGGCUCUUGUUGGAAGAACGCAAUAGGAUUCGAAACGUCGGUAGAAGUAAAGAUGGAUGAUGAAUACUUUGAUGCAAAAGGUCUGGUUAUUCUUGAAAGGAACUAUUUAGAAGUCUAUAUCUAUGACAAAUGGACUGGCAACGUGAUACCCGAGUUCCAAGAAGGCCAUGAGUUUAUUCCUGAUGCUCUCGAAAUGAAAUCAGGAAUGACCUCACCUCCAAAACUGCUUACAGAAACAGAUCUGAUUGGGUUGAUGGAGAAGAACGAAAUUGGGACAGAUGCUACCAUAGCUGAACACAUUCAGAAAAUUCUCGAUAGAGAAUAUGUAUAUAAAGAUGGCCAAUACUUUAAGCCUCUGACUCUUGGAAUUGCAUUAGUACUGGGAUAUAAUGAAAUCGGAUUAGAGACAAGUUUAAACAAGCCAUAUCUCAGAAGAGAGAUGGAAGCAGACCUAAAGUCAAUAUGUGAAGGCAGGAAAUCUCCUAAUGAAGUAUCAGAUCGCUCGCUUUAUCAAUAUAGGCAAAUGUUUCUUCAAGUAUCAGCCGAGUUUGAUAAAAUAAAGAAUGCGGUAGCAGCACAUUAUCGAGGCUCAGAGGACGAAAGGUACACGGCCGGCCGAGUGCCGAGUGGAGGGCUAUUCAAUGAUGCCCGCAGCAAUGGCCAUUCUGGAGCAACCACAGACAACACUGGCUCGAGAGGGCGCGGUAGAGGCGGCAGAGGUAGUAGAGGUGGGAGAGGCAGCCGAGGAGGAAGAGGUAGAGGGGAUGGUUCUACAAGAAACAGUCGAUCCAAACCAACCCAAGAUAACCCUUCGAUACCACCUAGUCAAUACCCAAAGUGUAAUCAUAACAAGCCUUCAGUGUUACGAACAGUAAUCAAGGCUGGUCCAAAUAAUGGUCGAACAUUCUAUACUUGUGGAGAUAACGAUUCAUGUAAAUUCUUUCAAUGGACUGAUGAAAAUAGCAAUAACGUAUCCUCUACUGUAAACCAUGCCUCACGCAAUAACACGAAUCGUAAUAGCAACAUCAGUUCUACUCUUAAUUGUCGGUGCGGGAACGCUGCAGCUGAACUAACUGUUACAAAAGAAUCACCCAACAAGGGACGUAAAUUCUUUGCUUGUGCUGCUGGUCGAGACAGUGGCUGCGACUUUUUCGAAUGGGCCGAAUAA